AUGCCCUCUCAUCAGCGCGUAGCCAACCCAAAGCCUCUGCAACCUCAAGCUUCGUCCUCUCGUUCUCCACAACCCCCGGUGACUUCAAGCACGCCGAGCACAUCAGACGCCUCAUCAAAGCCAUUUCAGCGAAUCAGAUCAUCGUUGGAGCACAGCAUACGGACCGCAACGCGGUCGAAAAAGUCAAGCUCGACAUUACCCCCAACCGAUGAUUUUGCGACGUUGACCCCCAAGACUAGCAAAGGCAAGGAGAAGGAAACAGCCGAUGAUAGCACCACGAAGGGCAAGGAGAAGGACAAGGAGAAGUCGAGGGUGCUGAGAAGACUAGAGUCCAAGGUCACUUUCCGAAGACAUGGUCGGGAUUCACCUUCUAGUCCUUCCCCCGUCCCGCCCUCUCCCGCCCCCAUCCCGUUCGCUGCGAAGGUGAAGCGUGGAGGUAAAGACGCAGAGCACGACGAAGAUCUGGUGCGUAUGGCGGGGUUCACCAGUUUCAUGACCCCCUCCCUCCGUCAGGCUUCGAUGUCCUCGCCCGCCUUACACCUGUCUUCGCAGGCAUUACCUUCGCCUAAUUCCCAGCCCGCCGUUGCUGCAUCCUCCUCCACACCCCUCGCUGCUCUUGUAUCCCCUGGAAAAGAUCGAUCACGUCGCACCAGCCUACAACCAGCAACAGUCAAGGCGAAGGAAAUCAGUGCACCCGUCCCGCUGGCGCCUAAACGGGAUCCUUCUCGCACGCGAAGCAGUGGAACAGUAGCCAUGCCGUCCACGCAGUCGUCAUCGACAGCAAUUCGGGACACGGUCCCAUCAUCAUCAACACCAUCGUCCCCACGAAUGCACAGAUCAUCAAAGUCAACCCCCGCUGCGCUUCCCACAUCCAUAUCUACGACCUCCCUGCACGAUUCUGGGCACCGCAAUGGCGUCCUAGAUUUAGACACCCCUCCGGGACGAGGAUCCAGAGAUCUCCAUUCGCCAUCCGCCGCUCCUGCGGCGACCUCGAGCUCUCGUAAUGCCCAACUUUCCCGUUCCAAGUCUGCGGCGAAGAGCUCAUCUUACCUUCCGCUUGGUAACCCUCCCCCUUCCCCAUCCCCCACACCACGAUCGUCGACACCUACUCGAGCACGGUCACCCUCGGCUACACGUACCGGCACGAGAGUAAUAACACCUAAUUCUCCACGACUCACCUCUCCUUCAGCGACUCACCUUCCGUCUACCCCUCCACCAAAAACCCGCCGUCCUUCAAUGGAUGCCCCACGCCCAUUAAUGUCAACACCCGAAGAUCGUACCACUUCUCCUACAUCGACCCCUCGACGCUCCUCACUCAAUGCAUCGCCUUCACAUGACCGAUCUCAAUCCCCAGCCGCACGGCCUCGAGCCACAUCACCCAUCCAGCGUCCUUAUGCACAGAACAGACAUUUUAAUAUAAGUACCACGUCACUUGGACCUCCUCCAGAUCCAGAGCAUAGUGAAGCUAUCCGGACCGCCGUUAACAUGCUGUCUCGACAGCUCGCCAAAGGACCGUGGGUUGUGGGACGGAAUAAUGAUAAUGCUGCUAGAGAUUGGGAUGAGGUAGAGUUCAGAACGAGAAAUUUGCUUCGAUUGGAAAAGGUAUGGGGGAAGGGAGCAGGUGGUACGGGUAGUCAAGUUAGUUUGAGUCUUCAAGCCGGUGCAGGGAUAGGUUCAGGCGGCGAGGAGAGAUUGAGAAGGGUGUUCUGUGAAGCAUUGAGGGAUGGUUACGUGUUAUGCCAGCUCAUGAACAAACUCCGAUCAAGCUCAGUGGUUAGGCCGGAUCCUCGUGAAGAUGGUUUCGUGCGCACGGCCAAUGUUACGAAGUUUCUUGCUGCGUGUUCGUCGUAUGGUUUGGCUUCCGAGGAUCUGUUUCAACGAGAUGACCUGAUUGAAGCGUCGAGCGAGUCUCUUGCGCGGGUGGCGAACACGAUCCUUGCGCUCAUCAAGUACUCCGAGUCCCCUCAGUCGUUGGAUCGAUCGAAAAUCCUUACAGGCUCCGGUAUGAAACAACGCAUGGGCAGCACCCCGGCAAAUGGCUUAGGCAACGGCGGGCCGUAUGGCAGCGUUUCCCGAGCGGCAGCUUCGACGCCAAACCUGAGUCUAGCGCAACGGUCCACUUCUCCUACCAGCCAGAACCCCCCGCCGUCGCCCGUGACGGCUAGGAAAAGGUAUAGCCCCCCUGCAGGAUUGCCCCCAGUGCGUUCGGACAGUCCCAGCGAGAGUUCUGGACAGUCGAGUGGCGGGAAGACUGAGCAAGCUCGGAAACGAGGAGAACACAAAGCGGAAGGAAGAGAGCGAGAGAAAGCCGAAGGCAGGAAUGAUGUCCACCGCAGUCGGACCAACUAUCAAGAUGCGCCGAUGACUCCGCCAAAGGAUGGUUUCCAGCUUGCGACGCCACUUGCGACGCCUCCUUCGAGACCCCCUCUCCGGCCGCUGCGAUCCCCAAGGCGUACAACCCGGGAGGAGGAGGAAGAUCUGGGAAUGUUCAAUUUGGGGCUGAGCUCCGGGGAUACCAGAGAUCUGUCGAGCUCACCCCAUACAGGUCGGUUGUCGGUUGCAGACUCCACGCGCGCAUCUCUGGGAGACUACUCUCUUCGCGAAUCUAUUGCAGAUUCCGUGUUCACGACGACCUCAACCAAUGUCUCGUCGUCGCAUGCCUACAGCAUGGGCGUCCCCAUCAAUGGUGUUGCAAGUAGCACGGGCGCUGUGUACGGCGAUCGAAGCAGCGCUGGCAUGCGUCAAUCGGUGGCAUCUAGCGCCAUGACGGAUACGACGGGAUACUCUAGUUUGCUGGAUGCGGGUCUCGGGGGGAGACCGCACAGCAAUAGUAGUGGGUAUAACAAGUUUGGUACCAUUCGGACAAUAACCACUGAAGCGACCUCGGAAGCUCCCUCCUUUGGGCGCGAAGAGGGCAGCGCCAUCGCUGCGUCCUUGUUCUACGGUGAAGAGCUUUCAAGAAAGCGCACACCAAGAUCGAGCGAUGGCCCGGUAGUAGACUUGUCGAGGGUUGCGGAGGAGACCGACGAUAGCGAGGCGAGUACGAAGGGCGGUAAACGACUCAGUCGUGAGCGAGACAAAGGCAGGGAUGAUAAGGGGAAGGCGAAAGGUAAAGAGACAUAUACCGAAGCUGAAGAUCGCGUCGAAAAGGCUCCUGCGCUGCGGCUUGGCAAAGGAAAGUGGCCUGACGAUUUCCUUGAAGCACUUCAAGCCCACAAUAAUAGCCAAAGCUCUCGUCCUAUCCCCCUUAAGUCCCCUUCGCCUGAUGAAGACGAAGGAUCAUAUCCUUCCUCACCGCUUUCUAUCUCACCGCCGAGGAAGCUAGCUGUCAUUGGCGCUACUCGGCGUAACGAAAGUCUCGAAUCCAUUCCUCAAUUUCCGCGGCGUCCCACUCACCGAGCUCGACAUAGCGUCGAUUCACCAGCCUUACUACCCAAAGAAGGCAUCCUCCGUCGCGAUGUCAGUCCAGAUAGUAUCCCGUCGAGUAGAGUUAUGAUCAGAAGGAACAGCUCGAAACCUGGAUCGCGAAGUGGUGUCUACCUUCCCCGUAAUCUUUCGGAUGACCGUCGUAACUCAGGUGACAGUGACUCCCUAGUGCCAUUUCCGCGCACCGUUUCGGGGGAACACGGGUCUGCGUCGCCCGCUCCGCGACCAGCGACCGAUGAUCCGCUGCUCGAACGACCCCGGCUUGUUAGAGGUAGAUUUCAGAGCGAGAUCCAAGGCGAAUCGUCCAGGAAGCGCCGACCAAACUCCUACGAUGAUUUGGGCGCGAAACCCCAACGCUCGAGAUUCGAGAGCAUGGUCAACCUCGGUGUAGCAUCCAACAAUCCCAGUGCUAGCGAUUUAAUAUCUCGUGAUUCUAUGGAUGGUAGCGCGGUCCGCAGGCCACUCAUAAUCAGAGAGGAAGGCAAACUUCCUACCCAUUUCCAACUUGGCAAUUGCAUCGGGCGUGGCCAGUUUGGAUCGGUGUACCGCGCACUUAACUUGAACACAGGGCAGAUGGUCGCGGUGAAACGCAUCAGGUUAGAGGGGCUCAAGGAAAACGAAGUGACGCAACUUAUGAGGGAGGUUGAUCUGGUGAAAAGCCUUUCCCACCCGAGCAUCGUUAAGUAUGAGGGUAUGGCAAGAGACGAAGAUACCCUGAGCAUCGUUCUCGAGUACGCUGAGAGCGGCUCUUUGGUCCAGACCCUCAAAGCCUUCGGAAAGCUUAACGAAAGUCUGGUGGCGGGCUACGUGGUUAAGAUCCUGGAAGGUUUGGAUUACCUCCAUCAAAGUGGCGUUGUACAUUGCGACCUUAAAGCGGCCAACAUCCUUACCACGAAGACAGGCAAUGUCAAACUCGCUGAUUUCGGCGUUUCGUUGAACAUGCGGGCAAUGGAGCGCGAGAUGACUGACGUAGCUGGCACGCCCAAUUGGAUGGCUCCAGAAGUCAUCGAGCUCAAGGGUGCUUCACCGAAAUCAGACAUUUGGUCGUUGGGAUGUACCGUAAUCGAAUUGUUGACAGGGAGGCCACCGUAUGCGGAGAUGGAAAACAGCAUGUCAGUCAUGUUCCGGAUCGUGGAAGACGCGAUGCCUCCGCUACCCGAGGGAUGCUCCCCGAUCUGUGAAGAUUUCCUGAAGUUGUGCUUCAAUAAGGAUCCAGAAAAGCGCCCGGGCGCUGAGAUGCUUUGCGAGCACCCUUGGCUGCAGCAAAACUAUGCAGCCUUGAAGGAUCUACGUCCACAAGAUAGCAUACCGUUCCUGCGUCGCGUCAGCCAAGACAUGCAAUCCAGAUCCGAUGCCCUAAGAUACCUGGCGAACCUUGACUCGUCAGACGCUCCUGUCUCCGAGAAUCUGCAAAGGUCAGAUGAUGGCAGCAGCGCCAGCCCUGUUCUAGGGCGAAGGACUUCCCAUUCCUCUGUUCGACCUUCCCUUCUCAGCGAUAACGAGAUAUCUCCUCGUGAGCACACCUUCGUGAAGACCACCUUCAGUAAACCGAUGGUAUGCCGUGUUUGCUUACAGAAUGUCAAGAAGAGCGCCGUUCUAUGUGCUCAGUGCAGUCUCAUCGCCCAUUCGAAGUGUGCACCAAAUGCACCCCCUACUUGCGAUCUACGCGCACAAUUGCUUCUGUAUGCGCAUUACGCCGAAAAGGGAAACCCUGCUAGUGUCUAUUCGAAUCCAGUAGAUAUAUCCAACGAUGGCUACCCCGCUGGUCCCGCGUCGGAUGUCCCUUACGUUGCCCAUUCUCCUCGCACCAGCAUUGACAUUGCGACACCUCCUCAAUCGCCGCCUGCGUCUUCACACAACGGAACUCCACAUCCUCCCACCGCUUUCAAAUUCAUGUCGGCCUUCAAGCGUUCACGCUCGAGCUUGACUCCGGAACCUCCUGGUCCUCCUCCGACAGCAACCUCGUUGGCAGUACCCCGCGAUGACCGGCUUGCACGAAGCAGGUCUGGCAUAUCUCGCAAGGAUCGCAAAGAGCGUCCGCAAUCUUUGUCAAGUAUGAGCACCAAUGCCAAUUCAAGCCUUAGGAGCGCCGCGACCGCCGCUGAGAGCUUCAACAGUAGGCAUAGUCGCCACGAGGCCACUCGAUCGUUGGUGUCUGGUGAGGACUCUGUUGACGACGAAACACGUGGAAGUCGGUUCUCGGGCUCGCGGUUUACAACGUUCUCUGCUCCGUCCCAAGCAGAAGAGGAGCCUCCAGCGAGCAUGCCGGGCGACAUGGUUCCAGACAGCCGCAAGGGCAAGAAACAUACCAAGGACAAGUCAUCCGGGAACUGCAUCGUGCAGUGA